GCCGAGUCGCUCGAUGAGCGGGGGCGCUGCAGCAGCUCAGCGGUGGCGGCUCUGCGCCCUCGGUCCUCCCCCCUCCCGCCCUCCUUCCUCGGCUUCCCGCUCCCUCCCCCGCCCGCCCUGCGCAGCCAGCGGGGACUGCUGCCCGUAGCUCCCCCGGAGCCUCAGGUGGCGGACACUUCCUCUGUGGGACACAGGAGAGUGCUGGUGAGCAGAAAGGAUGCCUCCUAAGUUCAAGCGCCACCUAAACGAUGACGAUGUCACUGGGUCUGUGAAGAGCGAAAGGAGAAAUCUUUUGGAAGAUGACUCAGAUGAAGAAGAGGACUUUUUUCUUCGGGGACCAUCUGGACCAAGAUUUGGACCUAGAAAUGAUAAAAUUAAACAUGUUCAGAAUCAGAUGGAUGAAGUCAUUGAUGUAAUGCAAGAAAAUAUUACAAAGGUCAUUGAGCGGGGAGAGCGGCUAGAUGAACUGCAGGACAAAUCAGAAAGCUUAUCGGAUAAUGCAACUGCAUUCAGCAACAGAUCCAAACAGCUCCGAAGGCAAAUGUGGUGGCGUGGAUGCAAAAUAAAAGCCAUCAUGGCUUUGGCUGCAGCUAUCCUUCUGCUAAUGAUUAUCAUUCUUAUAGUUGUGAAAAACCGUACUUGAUUUGAUGACAGAGAUCCUCAUUAAACAAGAUCUGGGACAAUAAUAAUUAAAGAUUGCUGCAUAAUUUAAAUGAAACCUAUGUAUAUAAAACUUUCAGUUUUUCUUUUUCAAGAAACUAAAAGGCAAGUACCACUUCAAAUUGGAGCAUUGAGAAUAUCCAAUUAUGUUCUUCCCAACUAGCAAAAUGUGUUUUUGAAUAAUUAUAUUUAAGACAAAGAUAACUCUAUUUUGCUUUAUUCCAAGGAUCUAAUUUGAAACUAGAUACUUGCCAGUUUGUUAUAUGUAUAUAUAGUUAAACACUGAUGACAAUAUCCCAUACUUGUGUUUUAGUGGCAUUAAAAAUGUUUAUUAAUACCUUAAAGUGAGGGUCAGUCUGGUGGUCAGAAGCCUGUGUAGAGUCCUGACUCUCAUGCUGAAGGAGAUUCAUAACCAUCCUAUCAGUAUUUGCAAGAAUGUCAUUCUUUUCAUAUUGUAGUUGCUUUGCAGGCCAUUUCCACAGUUACAGAUUAACAAAAGCUAUGUGUUGUAAUGUUCUGCCUUCAGCUCUACCUGAAACAUUCCAGUAAACCUAUUCUGACUGUAUAAGGAAAUACGUGGUAAUUUUUUGGUAUUUGCAUUUUGAAAAUGGGAAAUUUAAGCAGUGUGAAAAGCAUAAUAUGGUACCAUAAAACUGGAGAUAAUAAAAGUAUUGGAGAAUGUCAUUGGAGUGUCUGAAAAUGAGCAGUAUGUAGCGCCCAGUCUUGGUCCAGUUGAUUGUCAGUUAAACUACAAUAAAAAGGGACUAAUUUUCAUGUGAGUAAGUGCAAUCUGCAGGUAAUUUUUCCUUGAUUUAAUUUGUUAAUAGUUUUCCCUCUUUAGCCCUGUGCCAGAAGAGCAUAGUCUUCUGCUUUGACUAUCAUGUUUCUCCGGCACUCUUGGUGUGUUCUCUGACACUUUUGGGGACAUAGAUGUUGCACAGUCAAGUGUCCAGACUGCCAGUGGCAGCAACUGGCAAACUGUCAGGAGCAUGGGUCAUCUGUACAGAAUUAGUCACAGUGUUCAGGGGCAUACCAAGAUGUGUUCAUUGUAAAGAGUGCCAACCCCUUAAUACUGUUUUAAAAAGUCCACGUGAAAAUACAUCCUGAGUGCAAGAGGAGAAAGAAAGGCAUGAUAAUCAAACUGGAGACUGUGGGAACUUCUUCUUAAGCUAGAAAUAGAGUUCACAGGAUUUGCCAGUAUUUGGGGGUAAGGUACAGUCAUGUGUAACAGAUACUACUGUGUGAUCAUUUUAAUUCAAAAUGUAUAAAACAAUUUGGAUUUUCUUUGUCUAAUUCUACAGUGGAUAGUACUAACAGAUAAGAAUGUUUUUAAUGGAAAGAAACUUGAAAGGCAAAAGCCAGAUUAAGUGAUAUCCUAGACACUUGCAGGGUCUAGCUAUAACUGCUGACUGUGCAAUGUCUUGCAUAUUAUGGAAAGUUGACUCUGUUCGUUAGUUCAUGUACACAGCUCUGAACUGAUGAUAAACCCUUUUGGAAACGAUGGGCCAAGGAAUGUUCUCAGUCUCAGCAGCUGGUAGUUCAGGGAUGGAGAUGUUUUAUUUGAAUCAGCAGAGUUGGUUCUAGUGUAUUUGCCUUAUGUUUGGAUUGUAACAAGACUCAUAAGUCAUUAGCUUUCCACUGAUUAGUGUAGAAGUCUUGUUUCACUCAGUGUCUGUUAGUGAAGAUGAAGUGUUUUUUUUUUUAAAAAAAAAAAGAUUUCGUAUUUCCAGUACUUCUUUUAAUAAAGUAUACCACUUUUAAGGAAAUAAUUAUUUUUAAAAAAUGGAAUUAUAAAAUUAUUUUAAACAUCAAAUAUAGAAAAGUUUAAAUUGCAUAACUUUAUGUGUAUAGUUGUUUUAUUUAAAUUUGUUACUGCUAAGGAAACCCUGUUGGCAUGUGAUGACCCCACUCAGUUUAUUUAUUGUUUUAUCUUUUUUGAUUUUACAUAAUCCUGAGACCCUAAAAUGACUGGCAUGUUUAUGACAUUAUAUGAAAUACUGGAAAUACAGGUGUUCCUCCAAUAAGAAGCAAUGGAGAGCCAGGUGUGACGGCUUAUACCAUAAUCCUUGCUCUGUAAACACUGAAGCAGGAGGGUUGCCAUGAUUGUGAAGCCAUCCUGGACUUCAUAGUGUGUUCUGGACUAGCCUGGGCUACAGAGUAAGAACCUGUCUCCAAAAAACCAAACAAGAAAAAAAAUAGAAGAGAAAUGGUUGUUGCAAUUGAUGCCAGGCCUGCCUCCAUUCCCUCCUUAAUCGUUCUUUUUCUCGUCCAGCUCAGAUCAUCCUGCACUUGAAAAAAUGAAGUUUUACCACCAUCAAAACUAUCAUUACUUAACACCUGUGAAGAUCAACAGAAAAAUUCAAGUAGCUUUGCUAAUGUUAGUUGAUGCCCAGUGAAAUCAGGUCACGACUUCCAUGCCUGAAGCGUGCCCUUGUGGUUUGUCAGUAACAGAAGCCUCUUCCUUGCAGCAGUUUGUGAUGAAUGGGCUCUUCCUCCUGAUCAGAACUCAGUGGUGCCUGUGGUCUUUGAUUUCAUUGUCCUAAAAAAAACCCAUUGGAAAUUGUCCCAAAAUUGUAUGAACUGGGACAUCUAUUGGUUAAGAGAAGGUCCAGAAUUGAUGAUGGAACAUUGUUGAAGGUGGAGAAAGAGUAAUACACAUGAGGUGUCCUUACAGUUCAUCCCUGGGCUCUGCAUUAGAAAGUACUGUUGGUGCUUUAAUGGCAGAGUUGACACCUUGCUGUUCUGUGUAGCAUGUGGGUACCCUGUAAAUACACACACAUAGGCUGAGGCCCAGACAUGGAAGUUGCUUAAAGUCUCUCCUUGCCACUUCCACGUGGUCUCUGUCCUGUCAGCACCGUUAAUACACAGACUUGUAUUCACAUCUUGUAAAUACUUUAUGGUUAGAAAAUAUGCAAGUCUUUUCCACAUUGAACACAAAUGUUACUAGUUGUAUUGAGUCAGAGUGUUACUAAGCUAGGGACUGUACUAUCAGUCAGAUUUUGUGUUUUCACAUAGAAAUGUUACUGGAAAUCAUUUUUACUUUUCCAUGCAUGGUAGUAAGAACAGGAGCCCAUCUGAACACAUUUUGGGAAGGCAGUUGCCAUAAAACAAUGUAAAGACAAUGAGUCAGAAGGAGCAAAAGGGACCAUCUUAGUCCAUACAAAUGCCGCCCUCCCUUAGACUGACAGAGUUUGAGCCUAUUUUUGUGUGUCUUGUUUUUGAGACUAUGUGACCCACGUUGGCCUCAAAGUCAUAGACAGCCACUGCCUCUGCCUCCUAGGUGCUGGGAUUAAAGGUGUGCCACCAUGCCCUGCAGCCUUUUUCUUUUUGAUCAAAGAAAGAAUUCCUGGGCUCAAGUGAUCUUUGAAACUUAGCCUCACAAGUAGCUGAGACUACACGUAGGCCCCACCAUGUGCAGAUGGGUAGUCUCUUUCAGCCUGAUGUUAGUAUUACUUGGAUAUUUAUUAUCCUAUGUCAAGUAGAAUACGGGGUGGGAACACACUUUUAUUCUGGCUCUUGUUUUAUUUUGCAAAGCUUCUUAGAACAAGUGAGUAGGGCUAAAAAUAAAAACAUUGCUAAUCCAGUUGGGAUAAUUGUAAGCUUGUAGAGCAAGGACCAUGCCGCCCUGUUGUCUCUCAGCACUGCAGUUCCCUGGCAGAUGCUAGACAAAGGUGAGGAGAGAGAGGACUGUGCUUCUGAAGUCACACUGUGUUGGUGUGAGAGCUGAUUCCCAGUGUGUUUUGAGAGGUGUCAUGAGUGAUCUAGGUGAUUACCUAGAGAUAAAUAAAUAUGUUCCUGUUAUAAUUGAGUAUAGAAAAAUUCUGGUUUUACAGUGUUGCAUUAGCUUCUUUUCACUUGAAAAGUUUAUAAAAUAAAAUCACAUUAUUUUAAAGCUGUGCAUUGCAUAUGUCCAAAUAUUUAGUAAAAUGUUAGAGAUAGGAAAAUUCAGCAUUGUGUUUUGUCUUAGUUGUAUGUCAUUAUUUUACUUCCCACUAUCCCUAAUUUAACCAUUUUGGCAAGUGCCUUUGACAUUUAAGGGGUAUGAUGGGAGAUGAGCAAAUGUAGGUGCCACACCCCUUUCCCUGACUUCUCAAUUCCCCAUGGCCAUUUCUGUUCUACAGUGCUACAAAGUUCAGUCCUUUGUGUUCAUGUGGAAUGUGUUUGUAGCCUCUCCAAAGUAAACAGCAAAAUAAACCAUUUUGUAGAAAAUCAAA